AUGUAUGACGAAGAAUCAACAACAUACGAAGAUCCCCACGUUAUUGCUUCUUCUUCAACAGGAGAAUCAUCUAAUAGAACACUUCAAUGUGAUUUUAUAGAAACAAAGGAUCACUUUGAUGCACCUCAAAUUAUACCUCGACCUCCCAAGAACAAUGGGACUGCAACAUACCAAAGAUUAUCUGAUCGAUACACAUUUUCUUUUUCAGCAGAUUUAAUAGAACAGUUUGACAGAUAUCGGGCACAAAUGCGAGAAAGCAUACAACAAGAAUUAGAAGCAGAUGAGUCGGGGUCAGAAAAAGAAUUGAAGGCAGAUUAG